GCGCUCUCAACAACGCCGAGCUGAACUUUUACUCGGGUAACUUGGGUUACCUAGUCAGUGAAGGACUUCUGCGCUAGCUUAGCGAGCCGCGCUCAGUAACAUACAGGCUGUCAUGUCGGUUAGCUGCACUGUUAAUAUGCAUUUGCUGCCCUUUUCUUUUCUUUGUCUCGGUGUCUUGCUGGAAAGCUCGUUGUGUGUAGAGGGCAGCGAUGUGCUGGAGAUAGGGGACGCUGAUUUUGAGGUCCGUGUGGCCGCGCACGACACUCUGCUGGUGGAGUUUUUCGCUCCGUGGUGUGGUCACUGUCAGAGGUUAGCACCUGAAUAUGAAGCUGCUGCCACCAGGCUGAAGGGAACAGUAUCCCUAGCAAAGGUUGACUGCACUGUGAGCUCUGAGACAUGUGGUAGGUUUGGGGUGAGUGGAUAUCCGACUCUGAAAAUCUUCCGUAAUGGGGAGGAGGCUUCUUCAUAUGAGGGCCCCCGAACAGCAGAUGGAAUUGUGAGCUAUAUGAAGAAGCAGGUUGGACCCAGCUCUGUACCUCUGCGCAGCGAGGCUGACUUGAAUUCUUUCAUAAACACUUUUGAUGCCAGCGUAGUGGGCUUCUUCUCAGGAACAGAAAGUCCGCAGCUUGCUGAGUUUCUAAAGGCCUCCAGUGCUUUGAGGGACAGCUACCGAUUCGCUCAUUCAACAGAUCUGAGAAUUGGGCUAAAACACAAUGUUGACACAGAGUGCGUCCUACUGAUUCGCCCGCCACACCUGAACAGCAAGUUUGAGGAGAGUGUGGUGAAGUUUACAGAAUCUUUUUCAACCUAUUCGCUCCGUACAUUCAUCAAGGACAACAUUUUUGGCCUGUGCCCUCAUCUGAACUCCGAGAACAGAGACAUUUUGAGGGCGAGCGAUCUGCUUACAGCUUAUUAUGAUGUUGAUUAUGUGAGGAAUCCAAAAGGUACAAAUUACUGGAGGAACAGGGUGAUGAAGGUGGCAACUCAGUUCCAAUCGCGUGGGCUGACUUUUGCUGUGGCGGACUGGGAGGAGUUCCAGGAGGAGCUGGAGGAGGAGUUUGGUUUGGGGCUUUCUGAUGGAGGAGAACUGCCAGUCAUCACUAUCAGGACCAGAGCAGGACACAAGUACAUCAUGCAGGAGGAGUUCACGAGAGAUGGGAAAUCUCUAGAGAAUUUCCUGGAGGACUAUUUUGCUGGCCGGUUAAAGAGAUAUGUCAAGUCGGAGCCUAUUCCAGAGUCAAAUGAUGGUCCUGUCAAAGUUCUGGUUGCAGACACAUUUGAGGAGAUUGUGAACAACCCAGAGAAAGAUGUUCUGGUGGAGUUUUAUGCCCCUUGGUGUGGUCAUUGUAAAAAUCUGGAGCCCAAAUAUACUGAGCUUGGAGAGAAGCUGUCUGGCAAUCCCAACAUAGUCAUUGCUAAGAUGGAUGCCACUGCCAAUGAUGUUCCUCCAAAUUAUGAUGUACAAGGCUUUCCAACUAUUUACUUUGCACCUGCUGGACAAAAAGACCAGCCAAGGAAAUAUGAGGGUGGACGAGAGGUUAUUGACUUCAUCAGCUACCUGAAGAAAGAGGCUACAAAUCCUCUGGUCCUACACACAUCAAGAGAUGACCUGUGAUUUUGAUUCAGAUAACCAUGAAAAUGAGAGGAGUCUAGAAGAUGGAGAUAUGAACAGAUAGUCUGCAAUUUUUUGGAUUCUGUGGACAGAGCACAAGCCCAUGGGUGUUACUUUGUCCUGAAACUAACACAGAAUAUCCUAGUUUGAAAGAAUAAGAAUUAGAGGUCCAAGUGACUGACAUGGGCUCAUCAAUCAGCAGAUCCUCACAUCAAAUGCUUGUUGUUAAAGUAUAAUUUUAGACGUUAAGAACUCAAACCAAAGGUAAAUACGUUUUUAACCAGGAGUCUUUAAAUUUUAUUUUUUUUGUAUUCUGUUUUCUUUACUGAGCACAGUUCUCUUUCCACUGAGGCUGUUCAUAGAAUAUGCAAGAGUAGUUUUAUACUAGUAAAUAAGAAUAAAUUGUAUCCUGUACGCAGAUGCCCUGACAGUAUAUAAGAUGCGUUCUCUGAGCUGAUUAUUCCUAACAGUAGAUUGUAUAUCUGUCACAACACUGGGACAGUUUUACUAAGUUACAUAUCCUGAUAAUUUAAAGCAGAAUUCCACUGAGUUUAAUAGCGGAGAUGUAAACAGUUUCUCUCAUAGUGGUUUGAUGUGAAGUGGUGCAUUGCAGAGGAAUAUACUGGCUUAGAUUUUCUUUACUGUGUGAUAGUGAUAGGUCCAGGGUUUACAGUCUGUAAAAGGCAGAUAUAGACAUUAUAUUUUAGGCUCAAUGUCCCAGGCAUCGAGAGAUUUUGUUUUUUUAACUAUUUUGCAUUAAUGACUUUAUGUGAAGUAGCUUUUAUAGAGGCAUUAAAUGUCUUGGAUGUCUGGUUCUUUUUUCCACCACUGUGAAGAAUUCUGACUCUGCAGGUUUUUCUAGGGUGGCAUGUUUCACAUCAAAACACUCUUAAUGACAUAUUUACGUCUAAGCCAUUUAAUUAUGCAGAAAUUCCACUGUAAGUUACUAAAGAAGUUCUCCUUUAUGUUACUUAAGAAGCUAAAUCCAGUGGUCAUUGUGCCAAAAGGGUAUAUGUAUACAGUGGGUAAAAGAUUUAUUGGUGCUCUAGUCUAUAUAAUAGUGUCAGACAGCUUGAUUUUAGGUUAUCAUGGUAAUUUCAUAAUCAGAAUUUCUGAAAACAGUUUCACAGUUUAUAAUAAAUGUUUAGAAACAAAUUGUAACAAGUGUAAUAUACAGAAUUGUUACUGAGCAACAUAAUGCGGUUCCUUUGAGCUACAUGAUACUAGUAUGUUCAAUAAAUAGAUAUUUGAAUGUGUAAUCUGUAGGUCAGAAAGUUUAUGUUUCUCAAAUUGGUGCUUAAAAUUGGAAAUAGUAAUUAAAACCUGUACUGUAUUAGCAGGAAGAUGGGUUUCAACGUUAUAAUGUGUGGUGGUGGUGAAUUAUUUAACAGCUGCAGUGAAACUGAUUUCUGUUCUACCUCUUCAGGCCAGAAUACCAUGUUGUACUUUGCAGAUUUCUCAUGUGUUCAAACAAAAUAAAAAAAAUUAACUUUAA